AUGUUCACAGAAAUGCCCAGGCAUAUGAAGAGUACACAAGCCUUGUUGCUGAGUGACGGCUUGAAUGGGACUCUGCUCCCUGAAAAGCGUUGGUCUGAGGAGGAGAAGUGGCUGCUGGUGGCUGUGUUGGGUGGAGAAAUGAUCGUGGGAGUUGUUGGAAACAGUGUGGUUCUGAUCAUCAAGGUCAUGUGCAGAGGUCAGUUCUGCUGCCAUUACUGGCUUCCAUUCAUCAGUCUCACCAUGUCAGAUCUAGGAUGUUCACUUCUGAUCACGUCUGGAUCCAUGAUGGCCGCCCUGACGGAGGGACAGAAGUCUCCAUGGUGUGAAGUCGUCAGCUUGCUGAAGUUUGCCUUCAUCACCUCAUCCAUAGGCAGCAUAGCCAUCCUCAGUGCGCAGCGUCUGAUUGGCACGUCGCCCACAGGAAGUGCUGUGUUUGGUUUCAUGGCAGCAGCCUGUUUGACCUCCUGGGUAACGGGGUUGGUAUUUGGGAGCAUCCCUGUCAUCUAUGACUGGGUCAGGUACGAUCCUGCAGAGAUGCUGUGCGCCGUUUUCUGGGAGAGCAGCUACUCGGACAUGAUGACCUACAUCCUCUGUGCUUUCUCCAUCUGCAUCUUCCUUCCUUUCCUCCUCAUGUUCAUCUGCUCUGUGAGGAUUGUUGUCAGCUGUCGCUCCAGCAACAGGUACGCCAGCGAUGAAGACACAGAUUUGUCCGAGGUGACCCCUCUGCUAGUGGCUUCUUACAUCAUCUGCUACACUCCCUUUUUUAUGUCUGAGCUGAUCCUGUUGGGUAGGACGGACCUGGCUCCGGCCCCUGAUUGGUUGAGGACGCUGUCGUCAGUGAUGUCAUACCUGGACUGCUGUCUGAACCCUCUCAUCUACUUUUUCCAUCAGAGUUUUCGUGAGGCUGGUCUGGCCCUGCUGUGGACCAGAAAACCCAGGAAACCAGUGUUAGAGCCGGUCCUCACUGCCAUCACUAGAACCGACUUCAGCCUGUGACACAGAUCCUUUAUAAAUCAGGGACAGAGACGUUGAACAAAAACAUAUUUUAUUAAAAUCUACAUGUACAUCAAACAAAAAAUGUCUUAGUUGCUGGAAAUGUUCUUAUUUCCUUUCCUCUUAUUAAAGGAUUAUUCAAAAUUCAUAUUUUGCAUGAUUUUCCUUUGGGUUUCUACUGCUUCUAAAAAUAACCGAGACGAUUUAAAAAGACACCUAGCUGGUUUUUGGAAAUUAGUUAUGACAUGAAAAUCCUUGAGAGGAUUUGAAAAUGUGUGAUCUCACACUAUGUCCAUCAAAUCUGGAUGAGCCUGAAGGAUUUUGCAAAGAGGAAAGGGAAGAACUUUCUGCUUAUUUAAUCUCAUCAUGGUUGUUCACUUCAUUAUGUUGUAUUAGUCAAAAUAAGCAGAGGAGUCUGAAUCUCCACUGUUCUGAGUUAAAGUAGCCUAUGUGGUAAAGGUUAACCUGUAGAUGUUUCUACACAGGAAGUGAGAGUGCUCUCUGUUCCUCUGAACGGUUUCUGAAACCCCCAAACUCUGGGCACACAUCGUAUUUUUCAUGAUAGUCUGUCACAGACUCACAACAUAAAUGAAAAACAAAAGUAACAGAUGCAUGUCUUAUUUAAUCUUAUCAGACGAAACGUCUGUGCAGAGUUCUUUGUGUUUAUCAAGGCCAGUCUGUGAAAAAUAAAGGCAACCGCAAUGUUUUGAACUGCUGCCCCUUGACCACACAGGAUGCUGCGCUCUCCGAAAACAAGGACGGGAGAUGGAGGCUUUCUUCAAAAUGACGUAUCGCUAGCAAAGAGAUGCACUGGAAAUCAGCUCUAAUUUUACUGUCAGAUAAAGGAUGAAGGUGCAUACAUUACAGCUCAACUUUUACUAACCUCAUUGUUUAUGUGUUGGUCAUUAUGGGAGCUACUCUGGAAAGCAAGAAUUGGUGGAAAACCCUAGAUAACUUUAAGCACUUUAAAUUACAAAACCAGUUGUUUAAGAUGAGCAGGUAUUUGGUAAACAGGUGAAUCAAUUAUAGUUAGCUUAGCUUAGCUUAGCUAGCAUUUAGCUUCAAUCUUAGCAGUUAGAUAAUGGAUAAUACAUUUUUAUGGACUAUUUUAUGCAGUGUUUUGGUGGAAGAGGGACAAACAAUGCAAAUUAA